AUGGCUGAUCCAAAUUCCUUGCUCCUGCAAAGUAACACGCCAGAGUCUGAGUCCCCAAAAAUCGUGAAACAACAGCCGUCCUUAGAUGACGCGAUUGAACGGUGUAUCGGGGACUGCCUGUGGACGCAGUUCUUUCAAGCCACCCUUGUAUCCUUCGCCUGGUUUUUCGAUGCACUACAAACCUUCAUCAGUGUUUUUACUGAUGCUGAGCCAACAUGGCACUGCACUUCGCCCAGUAGUUCCUCAUGCAAUAAUAUCUGCCAAAUUCCAAGAGAUUCUUGGAACUGGGAUUUGCCUGCUCACACUUCCAUCAUCUCCGACUGGUCCCUAGAGUGUUCUGGUUCCAUCAUCACUGGGCUCCCGGCAUCGUCCUUCUUUCUGGGCUGCCUAGCCGGUGGAUUUGUCCUUGCAACCCUGGCGGACUCCUCUUUGGGCCGGAAGAACUUGCUUAUUCUAUCUUGUUUGCUCAUGUCUCUAACUGGAGUCUUAACCACACUCUCUAUCAACUUAUGGAUGUAUACCACUUUGAGAUUUAUCAGUGGAUUUGGUAGGUCAACCAUCGGCACUUGUGCUCUUGUUUUGUCAACGGAACUUGUUGGGAAAAAAUGGAGAGGAAAUGUUGGGAUAAUAGGAUUCAUCUGUUUUACUCUAGGGUUUCUUUCUUUACCUGGUAUUGCUUAUCUGACGAGACGUUCCUCGUGGAGACUUCUCUACCUGUGGACUUCUGUUCCAUCGGUGUUUUACUCUGUAUUGUUGUAUUUUCUAAUUCAUGAAUCUCCCCGAUGGCUUUAUAUCAAGGGCCGGAAGGAAGAAUUCGCCAAAACACUAAGAAGCAUCGCUGCACCCACAAAUCGGAGCAGCUUAACUGACAGCUUCUUCGGCAGGGGGGUUGAGUGGGAAGAAGAAUCGCAAGAAACAGACUUGUACUCUGCAAUAAAGAUCUUGUUGCAAAAAUCUUGGGCUUUCUGGCGACUGGUGUCGAUUAUGGUGGUUGGCUUUGGAGCUGGCAUACUUUAUUAUGGCAUGCCAUUAGGCCUUGGCAACUUGGAAUUUAAUCUGUACUGGAGUGUCGCACUAAAUGCGUUACUAGAAUUUCCAGCCUCAUUACUCGUAUUCUUUCUUACUGGGAAACUGGACAGGAAGAUUUCAAUAUUGGGAUUAACUCUUUUGAGUGGAAUUUGUAGUGUGACAUGUGUGAUGGUUAGGUGGAAAGGAAUGCAGAUUGGGCUGGAGCUUGUGUCGUUUUUUUGCGCAGUCACCGCAUUCGAUCUGGUGCUGAUUUAUAGUUUGGAGUUGUUUCCUACGUGCAUGAGGAACUCAGCUGUGUCAAUGGUGAGGCAGGCCGUAGUGCUUGGUGGGGUUUUUGGCCCCCUGCUGGUGGCUGCUGGUAGAAAGAAUGGGUUUCUUUCAUAUGGUGUGUUCGGGUUAACAAUAGCUGUGUGUGGUUUGUUCGUUGCAUUCCUACCGGAAACAAGGGGAAGGACGUUGUGCGAUACCAUAGAUGAAGAGGAGCAGAAGAAUGGAGCACGAGUAAAUACUGCAUAA